AUGAUAAAUAAAAACUUUUAUAUAAUCCGAAAAACACAUCCCAUUUUAAAAAUUAUUAAUAAUUCUUUAAUUGAUAUACCAAGACCUUCUAAUAUUUCUUCUUGAUGAAAUUUUGGAUCUUUAUUAGGUUUAUGUUUAAUUAUUCAAAUUUUAACAGGCUUAUUUUUAACUAUAUAUUACACUGCUAAUAUUGAAUUAGCAUUUUAUAGAGUAAAUUAUAUUUGUCGAAAUGUAAAUUACGGUUGAUUAAUUCGUACCCUUCAUGCUAACGGAGCUUCAUUCUUUUUUAUCUGUGUAUAUUUACAUAUUGGACGAGGAAUUUAUUAUGAAUCUUUUAAUUUAAAAUAUACUUGAAUAGUAGGAGUAAUUAUUUUAUUUCUAUUAAUAGCAACAGCAUUUAUAGGUUAUGUUUUACCUUGAGGUCAAAUAUCUUUUUGAGGAGCUACUGUUAUUACAAAUUUAUUAUCAGCUAUCCCAUCAUUAGGUGUAAAAAUUGUAACUUGAAUUUGAGGGGGAUUCGCAGUAGAUAACGCAACAUUAACUCGAUUUUAUACUUUUCAUUUUCUUUUACCAUUUAUUAUUUUAAUAAUAACUAUAAUUCAUUUAUUAUUUCUUCACCAAACAGGAUCAAAUAACCCCUUAGGUUUAAAUAGAAAUUUAGAUAAAAUCCCUUUCCAUCCAUUUUUUGUAUUUAAAGACUUAAUUGGAUUUAUUAUUUUAUUAUUUUUAUUAACUAUUUUAACUUUAACUAACCCAUAUUUAUUAGGAGAUCCAGAUAAUUUUAUCCCAGCAAAUCCAUUAGUAACUCCUGUUCACAUUCAACCAGAAUGAUAUUUUUUAUUUGCUUAUGCAAUUUUACGAUCAAUUCCUAAUAAAUUAGGAGGAGUAAUUGCAUUAGUUAUAUCAAUUCUUAUUUUAAUUAUUUUACCUUUUACAUUUAAUAAAAAAAUUCAAGGUAUUCAAUUUUACCCUAUUAAUCAAUUAUUAUUUUGAUCAAUAAUUACUAUUAUUAUUUUAUUAACUUGAAUUGGAGCCCGACCAGUAGAAGACCCAUAUAUUAUUGUUGGACAAUUAUUAACUAUCAUAUAUUUUUCUUAUUUUAUUAUUAACCCUUUAAUUGGAAAAUACUGAGAUAAUUUAAUUUUUAAUUAA